CCGCCCCCAGACACGACGCGGCCGGCGAGGAAGGAGGAGGAGGACGGCAAGAACUACCACUUUGUGACGCACGAGCAGAUGAUGCUGGAGAUCGCCAACAACGAGUACCUGGAGUACGGCAGCCACGAGGAGGCCAUGUACGGCACCAAGCUCUCCACCAUCCGCAAGAUCCACCUCGACUCACUCAUGGCCAUCCUGGACGUGGAGCCACAGGCUCUCAAGGUGCUGAGGACGGCUGAGUUUGCUCCGUUCAUCGUCUUCAUCGCCGCUCCCACGGUGACACCAGCCAUGAACGAGCUCCCACGCUGGUGUAAGAAGUUGCCAGACGAGUCUCUGCAGCGCCUGCAGAAGGAGUCGGAGCUGCUGCAGAAGGCGUACGGCCACUACUUCGACCUGACGGUGGUCAACAACGAGAUCGAGGAGACCAUCCGCCAGGUGGAGGAGGCCAUCGCCGCCGUCAGCGCCACGCCGCAGUGGGUCCCCGUCUCCUGGGUCUACUGAGCGCCGCGGGGGGGGGGGGGGGGGGGGUGGUGACCCCGGCGUGACCCCCGCGUGACCCCCGCGUGACCCUCCCCGUCCACUCAGCCACCACCCCCCCGGGGGUGAAGGGGGGGGGUGGAGGGGGGGGUGCGGCCGCCUAGCGAGCUUCUUCCACGGUGGUGGAGCUGUUUGGUUGAGAAUCCGAGUUCCACCCCCUCAACGCCCCGCGUCCCGCACCCCCAAAGUCUCCUCCCACAUCCCCCGCCGGGUAACCCCCCCCCCCCCCCACGUACGCAAGCCCCCACCACCCACCCACGCAACGCCCACCACGUCGCCCUCCCCCGUGUGUGCGUGUGUGUGUACGUGCAAGUGCGUGUGUGUGCAUGUGUGUGUAUGUGUGUGUGCAUCCAAGUGUGCGCGUCGUCGUGAUGCGAGGUGGGGGGGCAAGAGGGGGGAGGGGGGGGGGGGAGUUCUGUUGACAUGUCAACAUGCGACAUGACAACAUGCAACAUGCAACAUGCGACAUGACAACAUGUCGCAUGUCGCCGGGCCGGCUGGAUUCUUGUACGUGCUUCUGCGUGCGUGCGCGUGACGGCGGUCGGGAGGUGAGAGGCGAAGGAGGAGAGGUGACGGUGGACGGGCGGUGGCGUUGGGGGGCAGACUUCUGUGACAUCACCUUGCGGGGGGGGGGGGGGGGGGGUCUGCGAUCGCGGUUUCCGGCGGUUUCCGGUUCUCCGAUGGCGACGUUUUUCCACUGCCGAACCCGAGCCAAGCCACCUGCAGGGCCAGCACGGCACUGGUGGGGGUUUUUCCCACUGGUCCACUUUUCCGAACCGACCCGGAACCAAACCGUGCUUCGCUGGCCUCACGAGAUAUCAGAUGGAGCCUUUUCCACUGGCAAACUCGAGCUGAGCCAGAGCCAAACCGUGCUACGCUGGCCUCACGAGAUGUCAGAUGGAGCCUUUUCCACUGGCAAACCCGAGCUGAGCCAGAGCCAAACCGUGCUACGCUGGCCUCACGAGAUGUUAGAAGGAGCCUUUUCCACUGGCAAACCCGAGCCGAGAGCCGAACCAGAACCAAACCGUGCUACGCUGGCCUCACGGGCCAUACCGAGCCAGGCCGGCUCAGUAUGGCCCUGGCACGGCUCGGCUUGUGUAGUGGAAAAAAAACAGCCUGGCUCGGUAUGGCCCCGGGGUUGUUGAUGCCGAUUGCUGAUGCUGUGGGUGGUUGUUGGUAGGGGUGGUGGUGGUGGCGGUGGCUGAUAGUAUGGCUUGUUAAUACGGGUUCUCCUUGAUUCGGGUUGUUGAUGGGGGGUGGUUGGUGGUGGGUGGGGGUUGUUGAUCUGGGGAUGGUUGUGAUGGUUGUUGGUGGUGGUGGUGAGUGGUGGUGGUGGUGGUGGGGUAAUAAAUAGUCAAUUGCCCACGGAUGGGAUAUACGCGGCUCGCGAUUGGAUGGAUGAUUCGAACGGUCGACCAAUUAGGCGGUGGAACUCGCAGCCCCCCCCCAACUCGCAGCCCCCCCCCCAACUCACAGCCCCCCCCAACUCACAGCCCCCCCCCGUGCCCCCCCCGUGCCCCCCCCUUGUGAGGAGCCCGACCCGAGGCGGCGGUGAUGCCGCUUGGUGACUCUCAACUCGGUGCGGCCUAGAGAAGCGUCAGCCGGUGGUGGGGGGUAGUGGGGGGUGGUGGGUGGUGGGUGGGUAGUGGGUGGGUGGCUAAAUUGACUGGUUGAUGUGGUGGGUGGUUGGUUGAUGUUGCUGGGUUGUUGGUGGGUGGUUGAUGUGGUGGGUAGUUGGUUGAUGUUGCUGGGUUGUUGGUGGG